AAUGAAAUGGUAAUAUAUAUUUAUCAAACAUAAAAGCAAUUAAUAUACAUAAAUAUUAACUCUUUUGUAGGCUAACAAUAAAGUGUAUAUAGAGAGCAUAACGUUUAAAAUGAAGUGUGCAAACCUAAAUCAAGAAAGGGUUGGUUAUUCCAACAAAAACCAUGCAAGUUUGUUACUGAAUCAUCACAAGAACAAAACUGUUCCAGUGUCUGCCCAGGCAUUUUAACAGAAACACAACUUUUAAAAAACAAAUUAAUUAAAAAACAUGCGGUAGAAACUCCAACCAAAACCUCUUUUUAUUACCCUCUGCUUUCUACUAUUCUACCAUAUAAUUUUCACAAGAAAAUCUUCUCCCCAGGCAUAUAUAAGGAAGAAAGAUAUCUGAGGUUAAUUUUCAAAAAUCCUUUGAAAUCAAUCAUUCUAUAGAUUGAUAUUUUGUAUCAGCGCCAUAAUUAACCAAAACGUUAGAGAUCAUAACAAAAAGAGCGAGAAAAUGGUGAGGGUUGGUGAAGCAUUGAGUGUAUCAACCUCAUCGUGUUCAUCUCUCUACGAUAGUGAAGUCGAAGAGCUUCAAAAGAUGCCACUAGAACCACCGAAGAAGCCCAAGAAACGUCUCUCGAAGCAACUCUCGAUGCUGGAGACCAAAAGAGACAUAGCAUGGGAGCGUCACCGUCGCCAGAUGCUCCAUCACCUCCAGAGGAAACAAAUAAACGAAGGAGGUGAUAUUGACUUAACGGACGAGGACUUGAGUGAGCUCAAAGGUUCCAUUGAGUUAGGGUUUGGUUUUAACGAGGAGCAAGGUCAACAGCUUACGACCACGUUGCCUGCGUUAGACCUUUACUUCGCUGUGACACGUCAGAUAUCGCCGGUAUCAACACCAGGAAGCAGUGGAUCUUCGUCCUCUCGACUUACUUCUCUUGGAGACCCUUCCUCCUCUUUUGGUAGUCCUAUAAGCGACUCAUCAGAUGGAUUGAAACUUUUAUCUCCAGGUAACUAUUUUUCCCAUGUUUUUUUAUACUUUCUAAACAAGUGUUGGAAUGAAUGAUAUUAAUUUAUAAAAGUAAAUUUUCAGGAGAUAAUCCCCAGCAGGUUAAAACAAGGCUGAGGCAUUGGGCACAAGCUGUGGCAUGUUCUGUGAUACAACAUAAUUAAGCAGACAUUUAGAGAUGGAUUUUUACAGAAUGGGACAUGAAUGAGACUAUGCAAAAUUUGGUUGAGGCAAAGGAAGUGGUGUGACAGAGAAGGGUACAUUUAUUGAAGUUUCAAACUAAAAGAAGAAAUGAGAAAGAUGCAUGUUAUUAUUCUCCAACUUUUAUUUUCAGCAUAGAAAGAUAUUAGGUUUUUGUUUAUCUUCCUUUUCCAUCUUCACUCUUUUCUUUUUUAAUUUAUCUUUAGUAAAUUUGUCCUCUAUCAAACUUCUUUUCUAAUGUCAAAUACAAAUGUGCUUCCUUAUUUUAGGCGAGAAAUAAGAGUUUUAAUCCAGAAAAGAUGAUAAUAUCUUAUUAUUUUACAAUCUUGAAGUUCUUUAUUUAGCUUUUUAGUCAUACAAACCAAUAUUCAAAAC